AAUGUCUCUCUCAGUGUCUAUGAUGAUCAUGGCCCUGUAAUCUACUUGACCAACUGACAAAGCCAGAAUACAUAAUUGGUUAUCACAGCAAUAACACUCCUGGUUGUCCUUGUGCAUGGAGGAGAAGCUUGUUAUUCACUCACUGUAACCAUGUUCAUUCACACACCCUUUUCCUCUACCUCAUUCCCGCCAUGUGUCUCCAUGUCUCUCUCACACCCUCUCGCUUUCUUACUCCUUGUCUUUCUCACUUUUACUCUCGCCCUCGCGUUUCUCUGUCUUUCUCCCCUCUUCACCCUCCUCCCCCUCCGUCACUUCACAGAAGUACACCCACUCAAACACAAACAUUCAUAUCCGCUGUGUCGUUUGGUGGCUUUCAUUCAUGCUUUAGCAGUGUGAGGUGGCAGAACUCCUCAGGUAAUGGACGGCACUGCCAUCUAUCCAACCGUGCGAUCUGUUCACUUUGAAGAAUGAAUGCUAAUUGGAAUUAUUAGAUAUGAGGGGAUCAGCUUUCAGAGGCCAGUAAAGUGACAAGCUGAAGAUGGGAGACAAAUAAUUAUUAUAGAAUUAUUCAAUGUCAGCAGAGAAAGUGCCUCAAAAGCAUCUUGAGACAAUCUUUGUCAAGCCCCAUUGCCAGGCAUCAGCCCAAAAGACACACAAAGAUGAAUUUCAAGGCUAUAUGUGAACAGGAGAGGCAACAUUUAGCACACAACCAGUACUCAAAUUUAUGGCGGCUGCAUACUGACACUGUUUAAUUAUGCCUUUGUUGGUUAAGACACCAUCCAGUAUCUUACAUUAAUUAUGCCAUAAGACAAUUAGCCCCCUAAAGUGAGUGUAAAGACUUUUUCCUGUCAGAAGAGGAUUGAUUCAAUGAUGUUUAUCGGAUUGGUAUUCAAAGAAUCAUUCUCAAUGCAUACUUAAGGCCUCCUCCCAACAUCUUAUGGAGGCGGAGGAAAAGCAGUCAGCUGAUGGGAAGCAGUCUGGUGGACAGCAGCAGCCAUCAGAGUCUUUUUUAGCUGCAAAGCUGCCUCAGUUACAGCAACAAUCUACCUCGCAAUCUGUCCAAGGAUCACAUGGCCACAGGCAGCCUAAACACUUUAAAAUGCUCCAAAGGCAGAAGCAGCAGCAACAGUCACAGGUGGGUGAGUCAUCUUGGCAGCUUACAGAAGUACCCGGUCCUUCAAGAGGCAGCUGUUCAGAUCCAUCUCCCCGAAUUCAUAAUGUUAAGCAAACUCAAUCUCUGCCCAGUGUAGAAGCACAGGAAGGCACACCAUGUAGACGCGAACGUAAGCCCCAAAAACCAGGGAAAUAUGUGUGCACAUACUGUGGCCGUCCUUGUGCAAAGCCUAGCGUCCUCCAAAAACAUAUCCGAUCCCACACUGGAGAGAGACCAUAUCCAUGUGUCCCAUGUGGCUUCUCCUUCAAGACCAAAAGCAACUUGUACAAACACCGCAAAUCCCAUGCGCAUCGAAUAAAAGCAGGGAUGGCUUCAAGUCGUGAAGAGACCAGUUUUAUUGGGCCGGAAGGUGGAGCUUUGGGAGAUGAACAAGAAGAAGGUACGGAAGGAGAGAGUACAGGUUCUGAGGAUGAGACAGGGCAACACCAACCAUCUACCUCACAGGGCAGGCCAACUCUGAAAAAAAGUAGUAAAGUGGAAUUGUCAUUUGUAGAGGAGGGUCCCCAAACUGAGGACUCACAGGCAGUCAGGCAAAGGUUAGCAAUGAGGCUAAGUGAGAGGAAGCGAGCUCCCAGAGCAUCUUCAGAUGAAACCCGAUCCUCACUGGGUCCUGGCAGUAAGGGGAGCACAGAAUCUGGCUAUUUUUCCAGUUCUGGGAGUGCUGAGCACUCCCAAGUGAGCCCACCAAAUGCCAGUGCUAAGACAUAUGCUGAAAUAAUUCUAGGAAAGUACGGACGCAUAGGACAACAACAAAGAAUUUCACAUCAACAACUGCAAUUAUCAUCAUCUUCAGGUCAACAGGAAAAAUCUGUCUCUUUCACUGUACCUAAGACACAAGUAAUUGAGCAUAUAACUAAGCUAAUUACUAUAAAUGAAGCAGUGGUGGAUACAAGUGAAAUUGAUAGUGUCAAACCAAGACGUUCCUCACUCUCUAGAAGAAGUAGCAUUGAGUCUGUAAAGUUCUCUUCACCCAAAGAACCCUGUGUUUUUGAACCAAAAGUGGAUGCACCAGGCUCUUGCGUCUCUGCUGUUCAACUUGUUCCUGGUGGUUUUGCAAGUGAAUUACCUGGCUCAUACCUGGCUGAAACAGAAACAUUGGCUGGUCAGAGGUCCAGUGCUCUUCUCUUUAGGAGUCAAUCAGUGCCAUCUUCUUGUAAUACUCCAGAUACAGCUUCACAUGGCUUUCGUCUAAGUCAUUCUUUUGAUGAUCAGCAGGCCAUAGCAGCUGAAAUGAGGACUGGGCCACAUCAACGAAUGUUACGACGUCAACCUGCUAUUGAGGUGCCGGUUGGAGUGGACCUUAGUAUUGAGGAUGCAGGUCCUUCUUCUAAUUUGAAAGAAAUAGAAUUAGGAAAGAAGCCAGACAGGGAAUUACACCUUCAUGAGUGUGACAUUUGUGGGAAUCACUUGAACAAGCAGGACUCUUACACAUCACACAGACUAGUGUGUAUGAGUAAAUUUCCACAUUGUCCACAAAGUGAGGAAGACAGUUUUUUUACUGAGAAUCAGCCACAAACUAUUAGCUACAAAUUCAAAGAAAUGGCUAUGGCUGUGCGCAAGAGAAAAAAAAAAGAAGAAAGUCUUGAGGAAGACCCUCCCAGUCCAGGUCCAACAGCAGUAUCUUUCAGCACCCAGCCUCCAUCCAUGCUAGUCAGUAUUGAUAAUCAGGGCCCACCUUGUGACCUUUCACAAAGUGAGAUAGAAAGGAGGUGUCCCUGGAAAGAGAUUUCUGUUAUCCAGCAUACCAGAUCCUUUGAAAAACAGGAAAGCAUCUCUAUGGCAAGUCAAGAAGCACAGCCAGAACAAGAGCAAUCCCAGGAGCCAAAACCAGCCUCCAUAUCCCGGUUAAUCCGUCAACCCAACAUUCAAGUGCCAGAAAUUCUGGUUACAGAGGAGCCAGAUACCAAAAUGGUCUCCCAUCCAGCAAACACAUACACCUCUAAAGAGUCAGAAAAGGUGGAGGAAUUCCAGUGGCCUCAGAGAAGCCUAAGUCUGGCUCAGCUCCCUGCAGAGAAGCUACCGCCAAAGAAGAAGCGUCUCCGUUUGGCUGAGGCAGCCCAAUCCUCAGGAGAAUCUAGCUUUGAGUCAGUAUCCCUGCCACACAGCCCAAGCCAAGAGAGCAAUGUUUCCCAUGCCUCCAGUCGAUCUGCAUCCUUUGAGGAAUCAGGAAGGCCAGACUCUGAAAUGCAAAGUGGUCCCUGGAGCUCCCAAGUGUCCCACAUGCUGACUGUUCCAUCAAGUCUCCAUCAACCCCAUCAUUCUCACAGAGAGAUGCGCCGCUCAACCUCUGAACAGGUAUCUGCAAGUCCUCCACACCCUUCACAAGUAGAGGAAACAAGAAGUAAGUCAUUUGACUAUGGGUCCCUCUCUCAAGGGCACACUUCUGCUACUUGGAAGGAGAAGAGAAAAUGUCUCUUGGUGAAGCACGGAACCCUUGGUGAAACUGAACAGGAGGAGUCAUGUAAACCUGUCAUCUCAGCCGUUUGCCAGUCCUACACAGGUCAUGCUCCAUUUACAAUCACAGACCAUAGAAUGGGAGGCAGGACCUCUAGGCAUAUAGAAAAGACCUUGCAGCUUUUCCAGUCCUCUCUUUCCCUCCCACCAGAAGUUUUCCCCCUUCAACAAGCAAACCCUGAUUUUUGUCCCCCCAGUCAUUUCAAUAGAUUCCUUCCAGUAACUACAGCAGUUGUUUCUACUCAGAUGUUUCAGCAAGACUUCCUUCACAGUGAGCCACCUCUGUCACAUCCGAGACCCAUAGAAUAUGUAGAACGCCUUGGAUUACCAAUUCAGCCACUCACCACUUUAUUCCCUCUACAAUCAAAUCACAAUGCUCAGGCUGUUUGUUUGCCAGGUGGAUUGACUAUUCAGGUCCCCUCGGGGCCGCUCUUCAGUGAGUCUAGGUCAUCACCUUCCUCCUUGUGUACACCCAGUCAUUCACAACAGCAGUUAGUUGUCCGCCACAACCCCUAUCCAGUGAUUGCUCCUUGUCUUCAACAGCUUAUGCCAGAGAUGUCUCUUGUGGUGCCUGUGCGCUUACAGACCCACAUUCCUACCUAUGCUAGUGCCAUGUAUACAACCAUCUCACAAAUUUUAGCCACAGCGCAACAUCCAGUCUGCUGCACAGCUAUGGUAAUCAUGGGUAAGCUGGAGGAAGACAAGCUUCAGAGAUCUUACCUUAGGCUUCCUUCACCUAACCCCAAGAGCUAUAUUCCCUUGCCGCUGCCUAUCGAGCAUGGAGCAGGUGCUUCAUCUGAUGACAGCUGUGGGCAGCUCAGUGCUGGAGGAAGCAAACGAAUGCUGUCCCCUGCAGGUAGUCUAGAACUCAGUUUAGAGGCACAGCGUCACCAAAAACGGGUGAAAGAGGAGGAGGAGAAAGAAGAGGUUGACAAGGAAGAUGAUGAUAACAAAUGUAACAGUAAAUCUCAGGGGGUGAGUCAGGGAAAAAUUAAAGAGAGGCUAACAGUGGAGAUUGUAAGGAGGGCCAAAGAUCCAAGAGAAGUUAUUGAAGCUGAAAAGUUAAGCAAGCAGGACAUAACCAAACACAAAUCAGAAACCUUGAAUGAGAAGGGAAGGAAAGAGGCAGGACAUCAGUAUUCUCCAAGAGUAACAAGUCCAGAGAAAUCUGUGGAACCCUCAUUCCCCAGUUUGCAUACCACUACAUCUGUCAGCUGGUGCUACCUGAAUUACACAAAGCCCAACCCCUCUACACAUAGAGAUUCAGCUUCCGUCUAUUCCUCAUGGAGUGUUAGCAUGCAUAACCCCAAUAUACCUGGCUUGUCCACCAAAAUAUUACUGUCCCUGCUGCGCUCCAAACAGAAACAUUGUGCUGAGACAUACACUAUGGCUACAACUCCACCUCCAACCACUGACAAGCUGGUUCCAACUGACAACAAGGCGACCAGUGCGUCAGAGGUACAUGCCUCCCCGCCCAGCACACCCAUCAAAGUAAAAGAGGAACCACCAUAUGAAAGAGGUGAAAAAGAGAAGAGUGCUGAUGACGUGCCCACUACCUCGACGCAAAGUGAGGCAGCACGUAUUUGCAUUUUUGAAGGCGGGUAUAGGUCAAAUGAGGACUAUGUGUAUGUUCGGGGUAGGGGAAGAGGAAAAUAUGUUUGUGGGGAAUGUGGGAUUCGCUGCAAGAAGCCCAGCAUGCUAAAAAAGCACAUUCGCACUCAUACAGAUGUUCGCCCUUACGUCUGUAAGCACUGCAACUUCGCCUUUAAAACCAAAGGGAACCUUACCAAACACAUGAAGUCCAAGGCCCACGGUAAGAAAUGCCUGGAGAUGGGAGUGUCAGAGUCAUCUGUGGAUGAGCUGGAAACUGAGGAAGCAGGGGACAGUGAGGAGCGAGUGUGUGGGUCAGAAGAACAGGAGGGUCACCAGUUCUCUGAUGCUGAAGAUUCUGAAACAGAAGAUGAUGAGGAUGAGGAAGAGGACUUCUCAUCCCAUGAUGAAUCGUUCUCCCGCAAGGGCUGGGAGGUUUCCCCAAGGACCUUCUCCCCUAGCAGUGAAGGCUCUCCCCUUAGAAGCCUGUCUCCUAGGCUUGAAUUGUCCUCACCUAGCCGUCAUCUCUCUCCUUCCCCAGAGAGGGGCCCAUCACCCAUCAGAGCCCUCUCCCCUCUCAGGCCUCUCUCACCUCUGAGGCCUGUAUCCCCGGCGCGGUACAGGAGUCCCAGAGCUCUCUCCUCUCAUAUGCCCCUAAAGCCCCAGCAUCGGCCACACAGCUCACCCGCAGGGCUCCACUGGGAACCUAGCCCACCAGCUACUGAAGGUCCAAAGGACAAGCCUGCCACUCCAACUCUACAGGAGCGUAUACCCCGGGAUCCCUGCCUGCUUUCCCCAUCCCUACGCUUCUCUCCAAGUGAGUCUUUCCCUCCCGCUCCUGUGACGCCAUGGACCGCAGACCGCAUGUUUAGCCACCUUCCUUUACACUCCCAAGAUCAAGCCCGCAUGCCAUAUCACAUGAUUCCCAUUGGGGGCAUCCAAAUGGUGCAGCUCAGACCCCGAUCACGCCCCAAACUGGAACGACAGUCAUCCUCCACCCCUUCGCCCACCUCUCCCAAAGAGGACUCCCCUUUUUCCCUCACCAGGAGGGAUUAUCCGUGGAUCUCGCUUCCGGAAACCAGUCCACAAAGAACUCUGGCAGACAAAAGGACAAAAAGCCAAGAUGAGGGAGCCAACCGGUCUGAUCGGUCUUGUCCCAGUACAAGUUUAAUGUUAUCCAAACUCCCCCCUUUACAACAAAGUGUAGGGGAGCAAAAGACUGCAAAGGUCAGAAAGCAAUAUGGCGACUCGAGCUCUGCCACAAAGACUCGCACCUUCAGUCCCGAAACCUUUAGGAAAGCAGUGACAGACAGCGAUGCAGGAGCUGAGAGAAUCUCACAGGAAGGAGCGAGUUCUUCAGGUGAAACAGACAGCUGCGUGAGACUGAAAAGCCUGUAGCGCCGGCACUCAGGGGACGUGGCUCUUUUUCAGAAGGAUGUUCAGGAUCUGACAGUGCACCUCAGAGCCAGGAAGGUGAUCCAGAUAGCACUUAAAAGCCUCUGUGCACAAUUGUGAACUGCUUUCUACUGCUUAUACUACUAUUGUUUUGUUUUGUAAUGCGCUAAUUUUUUAUAUCCAAAAUUUUCAAUACUAUUCGUAAUUUGGUAAUUGUUUGUUCUGCAAUAUUCAAGAUUGUAAUAUGAUGCACUUUUUUUUUUUUUUCUUGGAAAAAAUAUUUCCUUAAAUUGAUUACGUCUGUCCCUCCUAUCUUUAUUGACAUUGCAAUCCUAAUAUAUCUAUUUGAAUAUGUACAUGUACUUGUAAGACAUUAAGAAUGGGUAUGAAUACAUUUCUAAGCGACCAAGAUAAACUUAAAUCGAGAGUAAUUCCAAUAUUUCGUCUCUUGUCCAGUAUUGCACAAAUUCUAGUGAUGUGUGCCUUUUUCUGUCCAGAUUUACUCCUUGAAGUGUCAAAGAAGAAAAGCUGUGAAUUCUUUUCAUGAAUAUAGAUUAUUUUUUUCUUUACACAUUAGGUUAAAUGAGACAGGCAUUGCUGUUGAAUAAACAAGAAACAGGUUUCGGCAGAGAGCCUUGCAGGGAAAUUGCACUGAAGUCAUUUUUUUUUAUAUAAUACAAGUGAUUCAAUGAUUAGAUCAAUUGUCUCUGUACAUAUAAAAAGUCUAUGGUCCUUAUUUAUUGCCAUUUGAAAAUAAGAAAAUGCCUAUGUUUUGUUUACUUUGCUUUUCAAAGGGAUUUCUAUUGUCAUUUUUAUUAUUCUUUACACUUUUUGUUAAUAGUUUUUUUUUUUUUUUGUUAUGACCUCAAGACUUGAAAUGAAGAAACUGGACAGGCUUUCAGUGAAGUUGGUCAAUAGGCGAGGUUCUGGAUGGAUCAAAUGCUCUCCAAAUUUGUCACAGACAUUUUGCAUUUCUGAACCAAUAAAGGUGCAUCAGGAAUUACUAAA